AUGUCUCAACAACCUAGUAACAAUUCUUCUUCAACUACCAUGCAUGACAUAAUAACUGAAGAAGCUCCACCAGCAUAUUCACCCUUUCCAAAUUCAGGAGAGCAAUCUAUGGCCUUUGGCCUUUCCCGUGCUUUCGAAACUACACCGUAUCAGUCACCACAACAAAUUCGGCCAUCUGCUUCAAUUCACAUAUAUUCUGGGCCGUCAAAUAGUUAUUACCAAACAACUCAACAACCUGUCAUUUACCAGCAAGUAUCAACAAAUCCGCCACCACUUCCUCCAAGAAAUAAUACUGCCUCUACUAGUAAUUUAACACUUCGAUAUCCGGCAGGCUAUACUUGCUCGACUUGCAAUAAUACGGGAUACAUUCGACAAAGAACAAAAUGUCAACAAUGUUGGAAGUCUUUUGCCGUACCUAAUGUUAUAUAUACAUCACCUGGUAAUCCAGUUAUUGGAGGGCGACUAUGUACUCAUUGUCGAGGAUCUGGGAGAGUUAGUCUCUUAUUUAUAGAGGACCUAUGUCCUAGAUGUUCAGGUGUCGGAAGAGUAUUCACGUAA